CGCCUGCAUUUCGCGCGAAAGCUUGGCUGGUCCACGCAAACAUCUCUCUCUCUCUCUCUCUGUGUGUGUGUGUGUGCACACGUGCUCGAGCAGAAUACCGCCACGCAGCUUCUUUCUUGGACAGCCAGUCGUCGCGCAAACAUGCAGUUCACUGGCUUUUUCGCUGCUCUGUUCGCUUCGACUGCCAUCAUCUUCUGUCACGGCGCGCUAGGCGCCCUCGCCCUCGCUCACGCCCUGUCUAGCCAUAGCACGAUGUCCGCUCCUCUCAGCGAUCGUGCCACCUCGUACGAGAUCGAAAAGCGCGCGAUCAUCGGAGCGCCCAAAUUGAACGGCUUCCACGUGAAUGGUCAUCCUCAGAUAUCGCAAGGCGACUUUCUGCCAAAAAACAGCUUGGGAUUCGAUCGCCACGUCGAGAUCCCUGACAAGCAUACGCUCAAGUGGAGUCAUGCUCACGAUUCAGCACGGCCUUUGCACAUCUUCGAUAGCGAGCGUGGAUGGCUCCUGCAACACGGCGCUCAGCCGACCGACCGCGCCAUCUCCCCCCUCGACUUUCAACGAGGGCUGCGUAAUCAGGGCAUGGCGGACACUUUGAUGAAAGUCUAUCAUUACGAUGGCCCUCGAGCCGGCCAUAUCGUCACCCACGGUCCUGGAUCCUGGCUUCGAGUCACGCGCAGCCAAGCACACAGCUGAAGAGAGAGAGAGAGAGAGAGAGAGAGAGAGAGAGAGAGAGAGAUUCACUCGUGUGCUGUGGUUGAGUUUUCAUCACACUUGAAUGAUAUCAAGUA